GUGACGUAAGGUUGCCGCCGCCCAUGUCGUUUGAGGGAAAUCUUUCCGAGAAUUUUAAGAGGUUCCAACAACAUUUGGGAAUUUACCUAAUUGCAAGUGGCAAGGAUGAAAAAGGGGAUAAAAUUAAAAUAGCUACCCUAUUAAAUCUCAUUGGUGAUGAGGGAGUAGAAGUGUAUAAUACCCUUAAGUUAACCGAAGAAGAACGGAAGGUAUAUGCAACCGUAUUAAACGAGCUAGACGCUUAUUUCACACCGAAAAAGAACGUUGUUUAUGAACGAUUUGUAUUCUACAAUAGGAAGCAAGAUGAAGGGGAAUCGUUCGAUCAUUUUCUGACGGACCUAAAGAAAUUAGUAAAAAGCUGCGAGUUUACUGAAUCCGAUUCCAUGGUUCGAGACAGAAUUGUAUUCGGCAUUCGGGGGAAGGCGCUGCAAGAGAAAUUGCUGCAUAUGGACGAUUUAGAUUUAAAGAAAGCUGCAGAAGUGUGUAGAGCAAAUGAGAUAGCUUGUGCACAAGUUAAAGAUGUGCAAGGGACCAGCAGAGACAAUAAGAUAGAUGCGAUAAGAAAGACCCAUCCUCGGGGACAUCACAAGAGGUCAGAACACAAUCGACAUGGCCAGCAACGAGGCCAGCAAGUAGGUGAAGGUAAAGCAGAAGCGUUCAAUUGUCGUAGUUGUGGAUACACACAUGUCCCACGAAAAUGCCCAGCUUAUGGGAAGCGCUGUGUUCGUUGCUCCAGGUACGGACACUUCCAGAAAAUGUGCAGAAAUGACAACAAACGAGUGCAAGAGAUCCAAGGAGUGGAAGACCACAGCGACUCUAGUUACAGCCAUGGAGAAGACAGCCCAGACGAUGAAUUUUUAGUGGCAAGUGUUACAGUUAAUGAAAUUAAAAAUUGUAGUGAGUGGACAGAAUCCUUAAAAAUCUGUGAAAAUAAAAUAAAGUUUAAAAUUGACACUGGGUCACAGGUAAAUAUUCUGCCAAAAUAUGUAUUUGAGCAAAUUCACACAGCAGAUAACAAUGUUAAAUUGCAAAAAUGUGGUCUCACAUUAGAGGCAUAUGGGGGAUUUAAAAUUUUGCCUUUAGGAUCAAUAGAUGUAAAUUGUGUAUUUAAAAACAAGACGUUUAAGGUACAAUUUAUUGUAGUUAAGGGUAAUGUAACACCUAUGCUAGGUUUAGAAAGUUGCAUAAAAUUAAAUUUGAUAUCUAAAGUAAAUUCAAUAGUAAGUAUAAAUAAGGAAAAUUUUAUUAAGCAAAAUCGAGAUGUAUUUACGGGACUUGGUAAAUUUAGUAAACAAUGCACAUUAAAGUUAAAAAGUAAUGCACAACCAGUUGCAAGACCACCUCGUAGAAUACCCCUCGCAAUUAAAAAUAGAUUAAAAACUCAAUUAGAUAGUUUACAGAAGAGAGGUAUAAUUUCGAAAUAUGAUGAGCCUACUGAGUGGCUGAGUAACCUAGUGAUAGUAGAGAAAAAGGAUAAUAGUUUAAGGUUAUGUUUAGAUCCACGAGAUUUAAAUGAAGCUUUGGAUCGAGAAUUCUGUAUUAUUCCAACCAUUGACGAAAUACGAUCGAAACUACAAGGUCAAAAUUAUUUUACAGUUUUAGAUUUUAAGGAGGGUUUUUAUCAGGUUGAACUAAGUGAAGAAUCUCGUAAAUUAUGUGCGUUUGGUACACCUUUUGGAGUUUAUAAAUUUAACAGACUUCCAUUUGGACUCAAUUGCGCACCUGAAUUUUUCCAAAAGUUAAAUGAUGAAAAUUUUGGAGAUAUAGAAGGAUGUAUAGUGUAUUUUGAUGAUUUACUUAUUUAUGGGGAUUCUCAGGAAUCACACGAUAAGGUUUUAAGUAAUGUUAUUCGUCGUGCUAGGCAAUUAAAUGUAAAAUUUAAUAGCAAUAAGAUUCAGUAUAGAGUAAAUGAGGUGAAGUAUCUUGGUAACAAAUUUAACAGUGAGGGAAUGCAACCAGAUGAGGAAAAAAUUAAGGCAAUUUUGGGUCUUAAGCCGCCCACAAAUAAAAGGGAAUUGCAAAAGAUUUUAGGUAUGAUUAAUUAUCUCAGAGCGUACAUUCCUAAACUGUCAACCUUGUCUGCACCUCUUAGAGAAUUGCUUAGAAAUGAUACAGUAUGGAUGUGGAACAAAAAACAAACUGAUGCUUUAAAUGAGAUAAAAGCGGUAAUCAGCUCGCCACCCAUUUUAGCUAAUUUUAACGAAACAAAACCAAUUGUUAUUCAAACUGAUAGCAGUCAAAGUGGACUUGGCUGUUGCCUAAUGCAAAAUGGUAAACCUGUUGCAUAUGCGUCGCGUGCCUUAACAGAUGCUGAAUCUCGGUUCAGUCAGAUUGAGAAGGAGUUUACAGCGAUAUUAUGGUCCUGUACAAAAUUUCAUAACUUCAUUUACGGCAGACAAAUCAUAAUUCACUCCGAUCAUAAACCAUUAGAAUCGUUGAUGCGGAAAGGAGUUGCUGAAGUACAUUCGCCUAGAUUGCAACGGAUCAAAGUCAAACUUUUAAAAUACAACUUGACUGUGAUUUACAAACCAGGAAAAGAAAUGUAUAUUGCAGACCUGCUAUCACGAAACUAUCUGCAAGAACCAAGACAAGACGACAAAUUUAUUACAGAAGUGGUUCACUCCAUCAAUAUGACCCAAGAGAAGAAAACAGAAUUCCAGGAAGAGUCGAGACAAGAUAGCGAAAUACAGAAGAUCAUGUUUUACCUUAUCCAGGGUUGGCCAUCGGACGUUUCAAAAGUACCAAUUGAAUUGAAGCCGUAUUUUCAAAUUCGUAACGACCUCCACAGUUUUGACGAUCUACUAUUUUACAAUGACAGAGUUAUUGUACCAAAAUCGCUCCGUUCAAAAAUGCUACAAUUUUUACAUGAAGUGCAUUUUGGAAUCACAAAAACCCAACAGAGAGCUAAGCAGAUAUUAUUCUGGCCUGGACUUAAUGGUGACAUAGAAAACGUCGUCAAAGAGUGCCCAGUGUGUGAAAAGUAUCAAAGAAGUAAUGUAAAAGAACCAAUGAUACUGAGAAAAUUUCCAAAAUUACCAUUUGAAAAAAUAGCCAGCGACAUAUUGGAUUAUGGAGGACAGUCCUACUUAGUAAUCAUAGACUACUACUCGAAAUGGUUGGAGAUCAUCAAGUUGGAAAGAAAGACGUCGCAAUCGAUUAUUAGGGCGAUGAAGACUGUGUUCUCAUGUCAUGGGAUACCUAAAGAGGUGUAUGCCGACAAUAUGCCGUACAAUUCCCAAGAAUGCAGGGACUUCUCUAGAAAAUGGAAUUUCCAAUUUGUGACCUCAAGCCCCCAUUACCCCAAAUCGAAUGGACUAGCAGAAAGAGCAGUGGGUAUUGCCAAAAAUAUGCUACGGAAAUGUGAAGACUUGGAUUUGGCCCUUCUUGAAUAUCGAAACAUUCCAGUCACAGGAACAGAUAAAUCUCCUGCUCAACUCCUAACGGGCCGAUUUUUAAGAACAAAGCUACCUUCUGCUAACCACAUGUCAAUCCCAAAUCCAGUAAAUUUUGAGGAAGAAAAGAAGAAGCUAGAAGGACAGAGAGAGAUAUACAGGAACUACUACGACAGACAUGCAAUGAAAAGGAGAGAGUUUCAAGAAAAAGACAAUGUAGUUGUGCAACAUGGCAAAACUUGGGAACCAGCAGUAAUUACGAGAAAGUUGGAGACACCCAGGUCAUACAUUGUGCAACAAAACAAUGGUCGGUAUGUACGAAGAAACAGUAGUCAUAUUAGACCCUCACGUGGACAUCAUGACAUGAAACAAGAUUUUCUGGACUUUGAACAGCAUCAGGAAAAUCCGGUGCAAACUAAUAAUAAUAAUAAACAAACCAACAUUCAACCAGUUCAUAAUAGUACAAACUUUGCCCCAAGAAGGAGCAACAGGGUUACUAAACCACCAACAAAAUUUAUUGAUUAUGAAUUGAAAAGAAAUUGAAGCAUGAGGUUGUUUUGAGUUUAGUUUAACUAGAUUAAGUGAUUAAAAGGGGAGGUGUUAUAUAUUAUUAGAGUUGGCAACAGUGUGUUAUAGAAGUUGGUAUUAUGAGUUUACUUUCAAUAAAGAAAUAUAAAACAUUGGCCGACUACAAAAUUGCUGUAGCUAAGAUCUUUAUGACAUUACUGUAUCUUAUUUAUAACAUUCAUCUAAAACGACUGACAUGGAGUCAUUGCAUAAACUUUAGUUGUAAUGUACUAUUGCUGGUCGGUAAUAAUGCUUCACAAUCCAAUUAUAUGAAAAUCGCCCUCAAAUAUCCUCGACUGUGUUUAGUGGAUCCUUUUUAAUGCAUCACACUGUAUAUUGGGAUAAUGUAGGCACGUGACGACCAUUUGUUUCUGUUAGGUAACAUCGGUAGGCGUAGGUGUACUUAAGGUUACGUAUGCAUGCGUAAUUCAGUUACGAAUAAAUCGCCGACGUACCACCUCGCUCGUCUGCUCCUAACCGAAGAGAAUGCUGUCCAACAUUCGUACAGAACCUACCACCAGGUGGAGCAGUGGUCGAGGGUUGGGAAUGAGUCCACCAACUGGGGAUGGACAAGGAGUCAUCAGGGGCUGACACCGGUGACCCCAAACAAGGAACCAGGCGUACAAACUUUGGUCGGACCUAGUACUGCCGGUCUCAAGCAGUAAGUACCUACCUCCAUCGCUAGCUAUCUAAAACGACACUUUUCCGAUGCGAAGUCCGAAGGAACUAGUCAACUCUGCAGUUGUCAACAAAGACGAACAUUCUUAGGGAUGAGUACUAUUUACCAUCACCACUUCGAAUUCGGCGCUGUCAUCAUCAUCAUCAUUGCGGUCCAUCCGUCAUUGAGGAUUACUCUAAGGUAGCUACUAGUAGUCAAUCAAA